CAACCUAGACGACGGCACGGGGGCGGGGCCUGCGCGCGGGGGCGGGGCCUGCGGGCGCAGAUGGCGACCGCGCAGCGCGCCUGAGCGGGCCCGGGCCAUGAGUGCCUCCCGGCCCCAGUUCAGCAUUGAUGACGCCUUCGAGCUGUCCCUGGAGGACGCGGGCCCUGGGCUCGAGCCCAGCGGGGUCGCCCGCUUCGGGCCGCUGCACUUCGAGCGCCGGGCCCGGUUCGAGGUGGCCGACGAGGACAAGCAGUCCCGGCUGCGCUACCAGAACCUGGAGAACGACGAGGAUGGAGCCCAGGCCUCUCCAGAGCCGGAUGGGGGAGUCAGCACCAGGUCAGGGCCAGGCAGCCCCGGCUACUCCCCCACGGUCCUGUGGGUGGGGGAGAGUGCCCACGGGAGGAGGUGGGCCUCCUGUCACCGUGUCCACACUCUUCCUGCUCUGCUGCCAUCCAGCUGGACUCAACACCCUUUGAUCCAGAAGAACCACCGGGUAGUUCUGGCCUCCUUCCUGCUUCUCCUGCUGGGGCUGGUGCUGAUCCUGACCGGCGUGGGACUGGAGGUGGCCCCCUCGCCAGGUGUCUCCAGCGCCAUCUUCUUCGUGCCGGGCUUCCUGUUGCUGGUCCCAGGAGUCUACCACGUGAUCUUCAUCUACUGCGCCGUCAAGGGUCACCGGGGCUUCCAGUUCUUCUACCUGCCCUACUUUGAGAAGUGAGCAGACGGCGGGAUCUAGCGUCGGCGCCGAGAGGCCCCAGUGUGUGCGGCCUCCUCGCAUCCCUGGAGGGGCACUCCCGGAGUCCGCGCCCGGCUUCGGUUCCCUCAUCCCAAGGGAAAAGCCCCGUCGGGACCCUCAAGCCCCCUCGUCGUCUUGGGAGUUUGCUCAGGAAGUUUGGGGCAUGUGGGUCUCGGGCCACUAUCUGAGCCUGGGAAAGUCGCCCCUCCCCUCUCUGUGCCUUAACUUAUUCUCAGGCCCUGGGCUUGCUGGGUUGGUGAUGUUUUGUGCUAAUAAAAGCGGUGCUUAAUUCUA